AGAGCUGUGCAUCUCAGCCAUCUCCUUGACUCCCAAGCAGGCAGACCUCCUCAGCAACUUCAACAAUGAGCAGCCUAUCAAGAAUCAGCAUGUCCAGUACUUACUCUGGGCGCAACCUUGGUGGUGGAAGCUUGGGUGGAGGCCGGAUGCAAAGCCAAUAUGCUUCCAGUGUUUAUGGUGGUGCAGGUGGAAGUGGAGCGAAGAUUUCUGUUUCUUCUGCAGGGUUUGGAGCUGGAGGUAGAAGUUAUGGAAUGGGGGCCAGUGGGGGCUUUGGGGGUGGUGAAGGCUUCGGGGCCGGUGGAGGAAUGGACCUCCACGUUGGAGCCAACAAGAAAGUCACCAUGCAGAACCUGAAUGACCGUCUGGCCUCUUACCUCGAGAAGGUGCGCAAACUGGAGAGCGCCAAUGCUGAGCUGGAGCUUAAGAUCCGACAGUAUUUGGAUGGCAAAACCGGCCCUGCUGCCCGGGACUACUCAGCUUAUGAGGUCACCAUUGCCGACCUGCAGGGAAAGAUCCAGGAUGCCAUUAGUGUCAAUGGAAGCAUCUUUUUGGCCCAGGAGAAUGCAAAGUUGGCAGCUGAUGACUUUAAAAUCAAGUAUGAAAAUGAGCUUGGCAUGCGUACAUCAGUGGAGGCAGAUAUUGCUGAGUUGAAGAGAGUGUUGGAUCAACUCACAUUAGGCAGAUCUGAUCUGGAGAUGCAGAUAGAGGGUCUAAGGGAAGAACUAAUCUUCCUUAAGAAGAAUCAUUUGGAGGAAAUGGAAGCUAUGAGGAACCAGAUGAGUGGCCAGAUCAAUGUAGAGGUGGACGCAAAACCGCAAGUAGACCUUACCAAAAUUAUGGCUGAGAUCCGUGAGCAGUAUGAAGGUGUGGCUGCCAAGAACCAGAGAGAACUCCAGUCCUGGUUCGACUCAAAGACAGAGGUGCUAAACAAAGAGGUGGUGCAGAGCACCGAAACUCUGCAGACAACCAAGUCAGAGAUCUCCGAGCUCCGUCGUACAUUUCAAGGCCUGGAAAUCGAGUUACAGUCACAAUAUAGCAUGAAAGCGGGUCUGGAAAACACUUUGGCUGAAACAGAGUCCCGGUACUCUAUGAAGCUCCAAGGGCUUCAAAUGAAGGUGACAUCUCUUGAGAACCAGCUGACGCAGCUGCGUGCCGACAUAGAGCAACAAAGCCAGGAGUACAAGAGGCUGCUCGAUUUGAAGACGCGACUGGAGAUGGAGAUUGCAGAAUACAGGAGGCUGCUGGAUGGAGAGGCCAGGUUGGUUGGUGGUACAGAAACCACCAGUGUGAAAAAGGUCAUCGUGGUCACAGAGGAGAUUAAAGAUGGCAAGGUGGUGUCCUCAACCACCUCCAAAUAACCUGUUUCAUGUAGAGAACACAAGGAGCAACACCUGAAGGAUACAUGUCACCAUCUGAAUCAACACUUCAUCCUUCAUAUACCAAUGCCAUUCAAUAAAAGCCUUUACCACUG